CCUGUCCACAGGAUUGUGUGCCAGACCGGAGAGGCUCAGGAGGCGUUUUCUGAUGUGGUGACGGUUAACGUGAGCCGGGAAGGGAAGUCCAGGGAUCGAUACUCCUACGUGCUUCCUGUGGUGCAGUCCAUAGCUCCCCUGAAUGGGCCGAAGGCUGGAGGAACCAGAGUGACCAUUAGAGGCAGCAGGCUGGACGUCGGCUCUGAGCUCCGUGUCCUUGUCAAUACCUCCAAGCAGUGCACUGACCUCAGCCGCAACGACAGCACCAUCACCUGCACCAUGCCAUCCGCGGAGCUCACCACGGCCGUGCGAGUCUGUGUCCAGUUCGAAAACAAGUCUUGUGCCAGCUACAACAUCACGUUCAAGUAUGAGAAGAACCCGAUUAUAUCAGACAUCAACCCCAAAAAGAGCCAGAUCAGUGGGGGCAGGAUCAUCACCCUGGAAGGAAGAGGCUUUGAGCUGGUCCAGAAUGUGUCCAUGGUGGUCCGUGGCAUCGGCAGAGAGCAAACGAGCUGUAAGGUUCACACCGACACUGUGAUCACCUGCCCCUCUCCAGCUGCCUCCAACAUCACCGUGGGGAGCAAGCCCGCGCCCGUUGAUUUCUAUCUCAAUGGUCGCCUCUAUGCAGACGACCGUCUGGCUCUGGAUGAGGAGAUGUACCCCGAGGAGGCCUUGCACAUCAGCAAGUUCAGCCUGGAGUACUAUACCGACCCCCAGUUCUUCACAGCCAAGAAGGAGAAGUGGAUCAAGCACCAUCCUGGCGAACCCUUAACUCUGGUUAUACAUAAAGAGCCUGACAGCCUGGGCCUGGAAAGCAAUGAGUACCAAGUGAAAAUUGGCCUUAUCUCAUGUGAGAUCCAGAUUGUUUCGGACAAAGUCAUCCACUGCUCUGUCAACGAGUCGCUGAGCACCUCAGAAAGACAGUUACCCGUGACGAUCCAAGUUGGAAAGUUCAACUAUACAAUUGCGAUGCUGCACCUUGGGGGAGGAGAGACCGCAAUCAUCGUCUCCAUUGUCAUCUGCAGCAUCUUGCUGGUCCUCUCUGUUGUAGCUCUCUUUGUGUUUUGCACAAAGAGCCGCAGAGCGGAGCGCUACUGGCAGAAAACCUUGCUCCAGAUGGAGGAGAUGGAGUCGCAGAUCCGGGAGGAGAUCCGCAAAGGUUUUGCGGAGCUGCAGACAGACAUGACAGACCUGACCAAGGAGUUAAACCGCAGCCAGGGAAUCCCGUUCCUGGAGUACAAGCACUUUGUCACUCGGACGUUCUUCCCCAAAUGUUCCUCGCUCUACGAGGAGUGCUACAUCCUGCCGUCCCAGCAGCUCAGCUCCCAGGUGGGCUCCCAGGUCCAGGAAACUCAUCCGCUCCUGGUGGGGGAAUGGAAAAUCCCUGAAAACUGCAGACCCAAUAUGGAAGAAGGAAUCUCGCUGUUCUCCACCUUACUCAACAACAAGCACUUUCUCAUCGUGUUUGUCCAUGCUCUCGAGCAACAGAAGGACUUUGCUGUUAGAGACAGAUGUAACCUGGCCUCCCUGCUUACUAUUGCGUUGCAUGGGAAACUGGAGUAUUACACCAGCAUCAUGAAGGACCUCUUGGUGGAUCUAAUAGAUGCUUCAGCUUCCAAAAACCCCAAGCUGAUGCUGAGGAGAACGGAAUCUGUGGUGGAGAAGAUGCUCACCAACUGGAUGUCAAUCUGCAUGUACAGCUAUCUCAGAGAGACGGUCGGAGAGCCCUUCUUCCUGUUGAUCUGUGCGAUCAAACAGCAGAUUAACAAAGGGUCCAUCGAUGCCAUCACGGGGAAAGCCAGGUACACCCUCAACGAGGAGUGGCUCCUGAGGGAGAACAUCGAGGCAAAGCCGAGGAACCUCAACGUCUCCUUCCAAGGCUGUGGGAUGGACUCCCUGAGCGUCAGGGCCAUGGACACGGACACACUCAGCCAAGUGAAGGAGAAGAUUCUGGAGGCCUUCUGCAAGAACGUCCCCUACUCCCAGUGGCCAAGGGUGGAAGACGUCGACCUCGAGUGGUUUGCCACCAGCACCGACAGCUACAUCCUCCGGGACCUUGAUGACACCUCGGUGGUGGAGGAUGGCAGGAAGAAACUCAACACAUUAGCACAUUACAAGAUCCCUGAAGGGGCAUCACUGGCUAUGAGUUUGUCGGACAAGAAGGACACCACGCUGAGCAGAGGAAAAUUCAGUGUGACACUUCCAGAGAGGAGCGCUCUGAACAUGUGUUUUAUAUCGGACCAGGUUCUCCCGACUGAUGAAUCAGUUGAACAUAAGAAGUCCCACAGACAGAGCCAUAGGAAGAAAGUCCUACCAGAGAUCUACCUGACCAGGCUGCUCUCCACAAAGGGCACGCUGCAGAAGUUCCUGGACGACUUGUUCAAAGCCAUUCUCAGUAUCCGAGAUGAUAAACCACCUGUGGCCGUGAAGUAUUUCUUUGACUUUCUAGAGGAGCAAGCAGAGAAAAGAGGGAUCACAGACCCUGACACUAUGCACAUCUGGAAGACCAACAGCCUACCUCUGAGGUUUUGGGUCAACAUCCUGAAGAACCCGCAGUUCGUCUUCGACAUUGACAAGACAGACCACAUUGACGCCUGUCUCUCUGUGAUAGCCCAGGCCUUCAUUGAUGCCUGCUCCCUGUCUGACCUGCAGCUGGGCAAGGACUCCCCGACCAAUAAACUACUGUACGCCAAGGAGAUCCCUGAGUAUAGGAAGAUAGUGCAGCGAUACUACAAGCAAAUCCAUGACAUGCCUCCACUCAGUGAGCAGGAAAUGAACGCCCACCUCGCAGAGGAGUCGCGG